UAGAUUUAUUGACGUUAGCUUUUAUAACCACAGCAAUUCUGGCGUGACUCUCUCCGCAACUUUUAUUUUAAUUUUCUUCUAUAAGUAUUAACAUUUCUUUCACUUUUCAGUCUUCCACUUUAACCCACUAUAUUCGCCGGAAACAAUGGCUUCCACGCGAUUAUUCUCCCUCCUCUCCGUCUUCACUCUCUCUCUUCUCCUCACCACCACCGAUGCUUCCUCUCGCUCUCUACUACCUUCACACGAAACCACCGUCCUCGACGUUGUCUCAUCUCUCCAGCAAACCCAACACAUCCUCUCACUCGACCCGACUCUUUCCUCACUCACCACCACCACCACCACAAUACCCGGAUCCGACCCGGUUUUCCUCAACUCAUCUUCUCCACUAUCUCUAGAGCUUCACUCCCGCGACACUCUCGUCGCAUCGCAGCACAAGGACUACAAGAGCCUAGUACUGAGCCGACUCGAGCGAGACUCAUCCCGAGUCGCCGGAAUCACCACCAAGAUCCGAUUCGCCGUCGAGGGCAUCGACAGAUCCGAUCUCAAACCCGUUUACAACGACGAGACCUUAUACCAACCCGAGGAUCUAACGACGCCCGUCGUCUCCGGAGCCAGCCAAGGAAGCGGCGAGUAUUUCUCCCGAAUCGGAGUCGGAACUCCGGCGAAGGAGAUGUUCAUGGUGCUCGACACCGGAAGCGACAUAAACUGGAUUCAGUGCCAGCCUUGCUCCGACUGUUACCAACAAUCCGACCCGGUUUUCGACCCGGCUUCGUCCUCCACGUUCAAGUCUCUCUCUUGCUCGGCCCCACAGUGCGGUUCUCUAGAAGUUUCCGCUUGUCGCUCGGACAAGUGUCUCUACCAAGUUAGUUACGGAGACGGAUCUUUCACCGUUGGAGAUUACGCUACCGAUACGGUGACGUUUGGAACCAACGGUAAAGUAAACGACGUCGCUUUGGGAUGUGGGCACGAUAACGAAGGUCUUUUCACGGGAGCGGCCGGUUUACUCGGUUUAGGAGGUGGAGCUUUGUCUAUGACUAAUCAGAUUAAAGCGACGUCGUUCUCCUACUGCCUCGUUGAUCGUGACUCGGGGAAGUCCUCGAGUCUCGACUUCAACUCGGUCCAAGCCGGAACCGGAGACGCGACGGCUCCGCUUCUCCGCAACAGCAAGAUCGACACUUUCUACUACGUCGGACUCAGCGGGUUCAGCGUCGGCGGUCAGCAAGUCUCCAUCCCUUCGUCGGUGUUCGCCGUCGACGCUUCGGGAGCCGGAGGAGUGAUCUUGGACUGUGGAACCGCCGUGACUCGUCUCCAGACUCAGGCCUACAACUCGCUGCGCGACGCGUUUGUUAAACUCACGGCGAAUCUCAAGAAGGGGACGUCGAGCAUCUCACUCUUCGACACUUGCUACGACUUCUCGUCUCUCUCCACCGUGAAAGUCCCGACGGUGGCGUUUCAUUUCACCGGUGGUAAGUCGAUUGAUUUGCCGGCGAAGAAUUACUUGAUCCCUGUGGAUGACGCCGGAACGUUCUGCUUUGCUUUUGCUCCGACGUCGUCUUCUUUGUCGAUCAUCGGGAACGUGCAGCAGCAAGGGACACGUAUCACUUACGAUCUGGCGAAUAAUCUUAUCGGAUUGUCAGCGAAUCAAUGCUAAAGGCAGUGGAUGAUGAUGAUUAAUAGGUUUUACAGUUCUAUCAGUAAAACUCUUAUUAGUUCUUGUUUCUUUAAUAUGGAUUACAAAAUCUUAAGUGUGAAUGUUUCCUUUAUCUUUUUAUUUAAUUAAUCGGUAGUUAUUUUCGGCUGUU